AGUUUUUCAGCCUUGUUCAUCAAUCUUUUGGUAUUCUUUAUUAUGUAUUUGGCAGCCACAAGUUUGGUGGAAAUGCACAGUCGAUCACAAAAAAUAGGUGGAUUCAUCAUACAUCUUUUCUGUGGGAUUAUGCAAUACAUAACAUGGCUUACCUCAAGCUUCCAAAACGAGUCCCUGACUAUAGACAGGCAAGAGGGCAUUUGGACUUCAUAUGCAGCAUGAAGGAGUUCAUGUCAAGACUAGAAUUUAUUGGUAGGACCAUAGAUGCAGCCAGAAAUUAUUUUUAUGUAAGACGAUUGGAACUGUAAGAAGUUGAACACUCACUGGACAUGAAGUUCACACCUACUUCUAGGCUGCUUAUGGAAGAAGAGUUAGAGGGGGGUGCCAUUGUCUCACAUUCCAAGAACCCCAUAUCUCAGUCAAUGUGAUUCUGAAACUUUUAUCAUGUCAUCUCUUGAUUCUCUAUUAAUCUUCAAGAACUACAUAGUAACCCCAGGUGUGGAGAGCCUGCCUGGUUAUUCUUUAGCACGUGAAGUUCAUUUGUUGUAAUGCUCAUGAGCAUGAGUAAUGAGAGACUGCAUAUAGUGGCCGCAAACUAUGUUGUGCACACAGUUUUACCUUUGCCAUGGUGAAUAGUCGGAUGACAGUUUUGAACUUUAGUGAUUGGCGU